AUGGAACUCCCCUUCGUCACCCUCGAUGUUUUCACCACCACACCAUUCAAGGGCAACCCCCUGGCCGUAGUCACCAUUCCCGCCUCUCUUCCGGGCCCACCAACCCAAGAGCAGAAACAAGCCAUCGCCCGCGAGUUCAAUCUCUCAGAGACAGUCUUUGUCCACGAUGUCGAUCCCCGAGAUGAUGUCAACAAACACCAACGCAAGAUCGACAUCUUCCUACCUGACCGUGAGAUCCCCUUCGCUGGCCACCCGACCGUUGGCGCCGCCGUCUCCCUCCUACCCCUGGGCGUGCGAACUGUCAUCACCAAGGCAGGUCCUAUCGAGAUUACCCAGACCGGCCCAAGUGCCGUUCAGGCCGGUAUCCCCCAUGACGUCCGCCUCCACGCGAAGUGCCCGAGGGACCUAGACCUCUCGCUCCCAGAGCUCUCUAGCGACGAUACCAUCCGCCAGGCUGAGCUCGAUGCGAAAGUCGUCAGCAUCGUCAAUGGCAUGUCCUUCAUCCUUGUGGAGCUUCCAUCCCUCGAGGCCUUAGCCAGGGUGGAGCGUAGCACCGUCGUCUUCCCCACGGAUGAGCUCCUCGACGAGGGCUGGCGCAACAGCUUCAUCGGACGGUACUACUACGUCCGUACCAGCACGGGGGAAGGUGGCAACGCUGUCUCACUGCGCACUCGCAUGAUCGAAAAGUCGUUCGAGGAUCCCGCGACCGGUAGCGCCGCCUCCGCGCUGUGCAGCUACCUCAGCCUCAAGAGCGGCGCUGCGGGGGCGCUGACUCGCUACGAGGUUACGCAAGGCGUGGAGAUCGGGCGGGAGAGCAACAUAACCGUGCAGGUUGGUCUCGACAAGGAUUCGAAGGUUGACACCGUCAGCCUGGCGGGGACUGCCGCGCAGGUCAUGCGUGGCUUUGUGACUCUGUGA